AUGGAAUCCAAUGAUACAGAAAGAUCGAGGAAGUGGGGGAAAUGGGUUUCAGAGAGUCGUGAGCCUGGAAAGAAAACGUGUAUUUGGUUGGGGAGAUUUGAAACGCCAGAAAUGGCGAACAUGGCGGACAUUUGCAACGCCAGAAAUGGCGAACAUGGCGGACGUCUCAAUUUUCUUGAAUUAGCGAAUGAGUUACCUCGGCCAGCUAUUUCUAGUGCUGAUGAUAUUCGAGUAGCAGCUCAUGAAGCAGCUACAAGGUGA